CAUGGUCCCCGAGCCGGGCCCGGCCAACGCCACCGCCCCGGACUGGGGCUUGCGCGCUCCGUCGGGCCCCGGGGGCAGCGGCUGGGCGGCGGCCGCCAUGUGCGUGGUCAUCGCGCUGACGGCGGCGGCCAACUCGCUGCUCAUCGCGCUCAUCUGCACGCAGCCCGCCCUGCGCAACACGUCCAACUUCUUCUUGGUGUCGCUCUUCACGUCGGACCUGAUGGUGGGGCUGGUGGUGAUGCCGCCGGCCAUGCUGAACGCGCUGUACGGGCGCUGGGUGCUGGCGCGCCGCCUCUGCCUGCUCUGGGCCGCCUUCGACGUGAUGUGCUGCAGCGCCUCCAUCCUCAACCUCUGCCUCAUCAGCCUGGACCGGUAUCUGCUCAUCCUCUCUCCGCUGCGCUACAAGCUGCGCAUGACGCCCGCGCGCGCCCUGGCGCUGGUGCUGGGCGCCUGGAGCCUGGCGGCGCUCACCUCCUUCCUGCCCCUGCUGCUGGGCUGGCAUGAGCUGGGCCGAGUGCGGGCGCCUGCCCAGGGCCAGUGCCGUCUGCUGGCCAGCCUCCCUUUCGUCCUCGUGGCCUCGGGCCUCACCUUCUUCUUGCCCUCAGGCGCCAUCUGCUUCACCUACUGCAGGAUCCUGCUGGCUGCGCGGAAGCAGGCGGUCCAGGUGGCCUCCCUCACCACCGGCGUGGCGGGCCAGGCCUUGGAGACGCUGCAGGUGCCCAGGACCCCACACCAGGGGGUGGAGUCAGCUGAUAGCAGGCGGCUAGCUACCAAGCACAGCAGGAAGGCCUUGAAGGCCAGCCUGACACUGGGCAUCCUGCUAGGCAUGUUCUUUGUGACCUGGCUGCCCUUCUUUGUGGCCAACAUCGCCCAGGCCGUGUGUGACUGCGUCCCCCCUGGCCUCUUUGAUGUCCUCACGUGGCUGGGUUACUGUAACAGCACCAUGAACCCCAUCAUCUACCCUCUCUUCAUGAGGGACUUCAAGCGAGCCCUGGGCCGGUUCCUGCCAUGUCUCCACUGCCCGCAGGAGCACGGGGCCAGCCCAGCCUCGCCAUCCAUGCGCACCUCUCACAGCGGCCCCCGGCCAGGCCUGAGCCUGCAGCAGGUGCUGCCGCUGCCCCUGCCACCAGACUCUGACUCCGACUCAGGCUCCGGGGGCUCCUCGGGCCUGCAGCUCACAGCCCAGCUGCUGCUACCUGGACAGACCACCCGGGACCCCCCACCACCUGCCAGGGCCACGGUCAACUUCUUCAACAUCGAUCCUGUGGAGCCUGAGCUUCGGCUGCAUCCGCUGGGUACUCCCACGAACUGACCCAGCCUGGAGCCGGUCAGCGGGGAGCUGGACUGGAUGGGACGCUGUCACGGAGGUCUUGGAUCUGCUCUUGGCAAAGGCCAGGAGGCUGCAGGUUUCCUGGGAGCCCUGGGCGCCAGCAGGGGCCCUGAGUCCCACUGCGCAUGGCAGGCCUGCUAUAGGGAUGGAUAAUAGGCAGCUCAGAUAUGGUUUCCUCCAGGGUGCCCCGUUAUUGAGUGUGACUUGUGGAUGUGUGGAGAGGAUGGUCAGAGGACCGUGGGGCUGGGGAAAAGGACCUCUUGGUUCUGAUUAAGAUGAAGAUGAUCCUAUCCUUUGCACAAGGUGGGGAGGGGGGAAAUGCCUGCAUCUGCAGAGCUGGAUUAAGUGCUCCUCAAAGUGUAGCUCUUGGGCCACCACAUCAGUGUCACCACCUGGGAGUCUGGUAAGAACACACACCUGCCCUGCCCACACCUGCCGAGGCAGGAUCUGUGUGUUAGCAAGCACCUGGGGAGUCAUGUGCACAUUACAACUGGAGAGGUGUUGGCUUAGAUGAUCUUGAACCCUGAGGCUGGUUUGCUGGACAGAUUUUGGAGCGGCCAGGCCCUCAGGGCAUAUGCAGAAGAGCGCCUGAGCCGGGAGUCAGGCAGGCAUCAAUCCGAGUUUCUAUUCCAUUACUUAGUAGCUCUUGCACAGAUAACUGAACCUCUCCGAUCCUGUUAUUCCACUUGCAAAAUGGGGUUACAACGGCUGCCUCUUAGGAGCCACUGUACAGAAGGCAUGUGCACAGGAGGCCCAGUAUGGGGCAUGUGGCCAGGACAGGGUCCCUACUGUCAUUAUAACUCGUGACCACCCAGCUCCCGGCCUCUGGCUGUGGGUGAGGAAAGGCGAUCUGUCUCCACUGCUUUUUCCAUCUUCCACCUUCUCUUCAACCCCAUCACAGAUCCCACAGCCUGAUGCCGGCUCCCUAACUCCUUGCUCUGGACGCUGGUGGACCCCCCUCGGGGCUCCCAGCCAGUUGCAAAGCCUUUCCUGGGGGAUGAGGGGUGGCUGGUGGUUUUCCAACAUCCUGGGCUUCCUUGGGCCGAGAAGGGGACAGCUGAAGGGGAUCACACCAGUCCUGCCCCGCUCCUUCUGGCCUUCCUUGAGGCCAGUGAGGGAAACAGGAAAGGGGCCUUUUUUUUUUUGAGGGUGACCUCUUGGUCUCCACAGAUGACCUGCUGUAUAUUUCUUUUCAACUUGAGUUUUUCCUUAGUAUUCCCUCCUCUGCUCCCCCAACCAAUUGUCCUCAUCCAGACUCCCAAGGCCCCUCCUGCAGUGGCCUGCCGCUCUCCUUGGUGCUGAUUAGAGUCGACUCUGGCCCUGGCCGCUGGCUGCAGAGGGGCCAAGGUGCUUGUUGGGGCUCCCUGAUGCCCCCAGACCUGCCCAAGUGAACUCUUAAUAAAAAACCCGAGGCAAUGACCAUGUUUUGGAUUCA